GAUGUUAAUGGAUAAUUUAUAUGACAGUAUUGUUGAAGCCGUGCCUCAGAUUAAAGGGGAAGCUGUGCUGGAUGACAGGACUCACUUGACCAUUGGAAAGCUGCAUGUGUACAUGGACACUCCCCUACAAGAAGGUGCAGGUGGCUCACUGGGACACCUUAGCCUGAUGCUUGAGAGGAGAAGUCAGGCAUAGACCACAGGAGCCAACAGUAUCUCUUGAGCAAGUCAUGGGAGCGAGAGAACAUGAAUCCAGUCCAUGGAGGUGAGGGGUCAGGCAUUGCUCUGAGGAUCCAACAACAUACCCCUAUGACCCAGGACGGGGAGGAAGGUACCAAGAGUUUGGUCACUGGAAGUGAGAAGUCAGCUGAUGUCCUGAUGACCCAGCUUCGCCCUCUGAGGAUGGAGGAACUGGUGACCAAGAAUGCUCUACAUGAUGGCCUGCCGGAGCACUGCACCGCACAGGCCACUUCUGAAGAUGAGGAGCGAUGUGUGUCUGGGGAAGAAAAUCCCAGUGAAGCUUGUGGGACAAUAAGGCAGGAUGUGGGAGAAAAGGAGGACAAAGUGGCACUGAAUGAUUGCAAUAAGCUGAAGGAACUUGGCAGGGAUGUCAGCAGACCCGGACAGAAAACAAAUUCCCUUCACAGCCAGAAACUUAUGGUUGUCAAGCAGAUUGUGAAGCACAUUAAAUCGUUGCCGCAGGAUUCGCUGGACUCACACUCCAGUGCCGUGCGCUGCCAGGGGAUGCUGCUCAUCACAGACUGCAGCAAAGCAAAGCCGCCUCUGGAGGGUAAAGAGAAGUUGGAUGGGGUCAUUGUCUGUGUUGCCAGCAUCUUUGCCCUGCCCUCAGUUGAGGCCUUGCAAAGGCAGGAAGGCCAUAAAGUAAAUGUGAAGGAUUUGUACAACCAGACUGUGGAUGCCCUGGAAGUGAUGCUGAGAGCUCGCCUGUCAGAGAAGCCAAACCCAGCUGAGCUGCAGAACUUCUUGGAUCACUUGGCCCCCUGGAUGACAUCAAAGAAAGCUCAUGAGCGAGCGAGGGCUGUGAGAACCUGUGUCUGCCUGUUACAAGCGGCAGCCGAGAGUCCCAAGUUCUGUAUGUCACACAAGUUCCCCAGGCUGGGGCUCCUGAUUGGACGGCUGUCCCUGCGCGUUGGUGACCCAGAGAAGGAGACUGGCCGCCAGGCUAUGGAAGGCUUGUAUUUCCUCUACUCCCUCAUGUGGUGCCAAAAGGAACCUGAGAGGAAGGUGGGGUCUGUGACAGCAGCGCUACAUCAAAUGGCCAAAAAGAUCUUGGGUAUCUAUGAGCCCACCAAGACUUGUGAGAACAUCUCUGAAAUUGUUAAGAGAUUUGGACAAUUUCUCAGCCCAGACCAGAUGGCAGACCUUCUACUGACAGCUGUAGAAAGCCUGAAGGAGGCCAAUGAGAGCACCAUUGAAGCACCAAAGACUAUUCUGAAUGUAAUCCUAGAGAAGUACAAGCAGAAGAUACAGAUGGAGGUGCCAAAGACUGUGGACAGGAUCCACUCCCAGCUCAGAGCCAUCCAUCAUUCCCAUGCCAGACAGGUAGUGAUGAUGACCUUAUGCCUCCUGGCUCGUGCUUUUAUGGAAGAAGUGUCCACAGCCCUUCUAAAGUGUCCACUCCCGCUGGACAGAGAUGCAGAUGGGAUGUGGAGAAUACUGGCCAAAACAGAAGCAAUCUGUCACUCCCACAGACUUCUGGAUGUGCUGCUGAAUGAGCUGCAGGAGAGGCCAAGCACUUCUGAGGAUAGAGCCUUCAUCAUACCUCUAGCUGCAGCCAGCACUCUGUACGAGGUGUUAUCCAUAUCCAUGUGCACACCAGCGGCGACACGCUUCUAUCCCAGCCUCCUGAUGGCCCUGCUGGUUCAGGUGCACUAUACCAUUGGGCUCAGCCUGCCCGACAGCAGGGUGUCCGGGAAGGAGCUCAUCCCUGCAUGCUGUGUUGUGAAGACAGUGAAGACUCUUCUCCUAAAAAUGGGAUGCCACUACGAGUUCACCUCUGUUGAGAAGAAGGGAGGCUGGGAACUGCUCACUAGCUCUGAGGAGCACCAUCGCGGGGUAGGCCUGCUUGCAAGGCCCAUGGUCCACUAUUCUUGCUGCGAGCUGUGGUAGAUCUUGUACCUUCUGGUCCCGUUCCUCGAACGAGGUGAUAAACAGCACAAGAUCACCGCGAUGGCCUUUUUCGUUGAGCUUCUCCAUGUGCCGCAGGCAAAGCGGCUCCCAGAAAAAUAUUCUGUGCUCCGUCUGCUGAAAGGACUGACUGACCCAGAUCCAGUUAUCCAAGCGCUGUGCAUCAAAGGACUGAUCACCAUGGCAGACUGGCCAGGGAAGGAGAUAAAGGUCCUGGUGCCAGCCAUGAUACACAGCUUGUGUGGAGUGGACGGGAGGCUGAUUGUGGAGGCUCUUGCUGAUGUGAAGAAGAUUCUCAGAGGCCUGGAUGUAGCAAGUUAUGUUGGCUGCAUCACCAGUCUCCUUCGGCUCCUCUUUGAUGAUGAGAGAGUGAGUGUGCGUUCUGCUGCCAUUUCCUUGUUUGGAAAAAUGGUCAAGGAGGUGAAGAGGGGUCAGGGUCUUAUGAAAGAGGAGGAUGUCUUGGACAGCUUGAUCCCAUUACUUCUGCACCUGCAAGAGGGCAAUCCUGACAUGUGUGAGAAAUGUAAGAAUGCUCUAGAUGAAUGUUCUCGACUCCUGGAAUGGAGACUACCUAAACAGGUGGGCAACAGAAAGGCCUGGCACAACCACCAAGAAGAUGUGGAUGAAAUCUGUCAGUACCUUGUGAAGAAACAUCAGGAAACUGUCCAAAGGUUCUUGUUCCAAAGCCAGUGCUACCUCAAUAGCACACAGCCUUCUUUACGAAGGGCUGCAGCCAUGUUCAUAGGGUUCCUGGUUAUGCACAUGGACAACAUGAUGAGAAUGAAAGAUUUGGACAUCAGAAGUAAUGCCCUCGCAGGCUUACUACAUGACCCUGAGGCGUCCGUAUGUAUCUUUGCUGCUCAGGCACAUGAACGCAUCCUGGCAGUUUACUGGAAAUUAAAGUACGGCCUGGUUGAGCAACACAAAGUGAACAGUGACUCUGCUGAGAAACACAAAGGCCCCCCAAAUCCUCCUGCUACCGAAGGCACCUCAUCCAGGCUGUGCAAUGCCCUCAACCUCUGGAAAUUAGCUGCCAAGCACUAACUGGCUCAAAAAGAGAGCCAGGGCUUAUGCCCCACUGAGCCCCAUACAGACACAGCGAGACUCUCGUGAUUAUUUUUCUCAACUUGGGCUCCCUGCUCUGUUUUUCCAACCAGAGGGAAAAUCAAAGGGGCUUUGGAAGGGUCAUUAACAUGCCAAAGUAAGUGAACUGAACAUGGGCAAUAAAGAGCACUCAGAGUUUAUUGCGAGCAAA